AUGGGAGAUCACUGGGACUUUAAUACCAUUUCACUGCUACAUCACUGCCAAAUCACUGCCACAUCACUGCCACAUCACUACCACAUCACUACCACAUCACUGCCACACCACUGCCACAUCACUGCCACAUCACUGCCACAUCACUGCCACAUCACUGCCACAUCACUGCCACACCACUGCCAAAUCACUGCUACAUCACUGCCACAUCACUGCUACAUCACUGCCACAUCACUGCCACAUCACUGCUACAUCACUGCCACAUCACUACCACAUCACUACCACAUCACUGCCACACCACUGCCACAUCACUGCCACAUCACUGCCACAUCACUGCCACAUCACUGCCACAUCACUACCACAUCACUGCCACACCACUGCCACAUCACUGCCACAUCACUGCCACAUCACUGCCACAUCACUACCACAAAACUGCCACACCACUGCCACAUCACUGCCACAUCACUGCCACAUAACUGCCACAUCACCGCCACAUCACUGCCACAUCACUGCCACAUCACCGCCACAUAUAUGCCACAUCUAAGACCAUGA